AUGACAUCGUACAAGCUGAUUUACUUCCCCGAUCGAUUCCGGACCGAGAUAUGCCGUCUACUCUUCGUACUCGCCGACGUCGAAUUCGAUGAUCACCGCAUCGGCUACGAGGAAUGGUCGACGAAGUUAAAGAAAAGUUCGAAUACACCCACUGGGGAUUUACCUAUCUUAGAGAUUGAACACAAAGAAGGAAAGAUUCUUCUUCUUCAGAGUCGAGCCAUUCAAAGAUACUUGGCAAAGGAAUUCGGUCUGUAUGGAGGUUCAAACGAUGAGUCCGUGAUCAUCGACGUCGUGACGGAAUGCUGGGAUGAAUUUCUUGAUGCAGCAGCCAAGAUCAUGUUUGAAGAAGAGCCAACGAAAAAGGAAUCACUAAGGCAAGCGUUUUUACAAGAAACUGGUCCACGGUUACUAAGCUAUCUCGAAAACUUGUUCAAAGACAACAAUGAAUAUUUACUCAGAAUGUACCCAACAUUGGGUGAUGUGGCGACCUUCAACUGUAUCGAUGUGGUCAAAGAUUGGGUUGGCGAUGAACUCUUCUCUACUUAUCCAAAACUGUUAACUAUAAGAGACAAAAUAAGCAAGAUAGAAAACGUAGCCGCCUAUCUUGCAACAAGACCAAAAUGUUUGUUUUAG